AUGGACACUUGGUGCUUCAAUAUCGGAUCUAGGAAGGCUCUGCUGGUUACACCAGAUGGAGGGACCCCUGGACUGCCCACCUGGUACAAGGAGCCAACUCACGCUUUGAUUCAACAAGAUGCCCACAAGUGUAUACUGGGUCUGGGAUCACAGAUUCAUGACAAAUACAUGGAGGAGGCUAGGAGUGACAUUAAGCAGAUUGUGGAUGAAGUGCGAGCAACAAUGUUAUUUUGGGCCAAAAAGGAGAAAGAAGAGGCAGUGAAAGAAGCUUUGGUUGUGGCUGAAAUGGAAAAGAAAGAAGAGAUGAAUGAAUUAAACAAGAUACACAUGGAUGAAAUUAAGAGAGCAAUACGAAAAACAGAGGUUAAGAUGCAAUGGCAACAAGAGCAGAUGGUGAUGAAGGAACAUGAAAUUGGAAAACAACGCUUAGCGCACGAAAUCCAGCAGAUGCUUCACAAGAAUGAAAUUGAAAAAGAAAAGGCUAUAGCUGCUGCCACAGAAAAAGAAAAGCAACUCGCAUCCCAGGCUCUUGAUCAAGUGGUAAUAAAGUUAAAAGCUGAUGCCGAAACACAAAGUCAAUCCGCUCUACAAGAAACUUUGGAGAUCCAAAAAGCAGAAUAUGAAGAGAAGAUAAUGGCUGCAGUUGCUAAAGCCCGUGAUGAAGAAAAGGCAAAAGCUGUGGAACCCAUCCUUAUCCUCCAAAGUAGACAUCAGUCUGAAAUAGAUAUGUUGAAAAAAUUGUUAUGUGAGAAAGAGGUUGACCUCAAAGAGGUUUAUGAUAAGGUGGAAACCAUGACUAUCUUGGAAUUGGAGCUAGAGACAGAGCUACGAAACACAAGGGCAGCUUUUCAGGACUACAUUAAUGUUACCUACCCAGAUUUAGCCCCUGGACAGGCGGACUUCUUGCUUCCAACUCGACAAAUGUGCAGAGAUUCCCUUACGACUUGCAAACCCCAAAAAGUUCAAAAACGUCCCCAAGUGGAAUAA